UUAGGGAUGUGUAUUUAAAACUUUUCUAAUAGUGUAGAUAUUUACAGUAACGGUAAAAAUAAGGUGGUAAAAGUAAAAAUAUCAAAGUUAAAAGAAUAAAUACGGGUAAAAAGGCAAAAGUGGAAAUAUGAAAAUAUGGUGGAGUUUUUUAUCAUUACCUACUCUAUUCUGACAUUUUUUGUUCUUUCCUUGAAAAUAAAUAGACCUCCAGCCUUUUCAACCUGUAAAUAAAACCUUUCUCUAGUUCUAUUCGGACUUGAGACUUGUUUUUGGCUUUGCCUCUGUGCUUUGGGUGAGUUUUCUGCUUGUGCUCAUCAAACUUUUCUCGUUCGAAUUAUAUAUUCGCAAGAUCAGCUCUAUUACAUUCCAUUUAACGAGUCUCAAGAAACCAAAUUUCCUAUAGAAAUCUUGGGCAAUCUUCAUCAAUGGGGUUUUCACCAUUCUUCCCAAACCCUCUGUUUCCUCCUGUCAAAAACCCUAACAAGCGUAGUGCUUCUCCACCACCAAGUAAGAAGCAAAAGGUAGCUGAUGAUGAGAUCGACACAGAUCAAGAAGGCAUUGAGCAACUCCGCGACGUCGUUUCGGUCAGUGGAGUCGAUCUUGUGGAAGAGCAAGAGCGCAUGCUGUUGCUUUCGGUGCCCAAGAAACGGCAAGCAUCUCGAAAACUUGUGCUUCAAGAAAACCAAGAAGGGCUGGUUUUGCAGAAGAUUCCCUUGCAGAAAAAGUUGGAGGGAAUCAUGGGGAGGUGUGGUUUGAGAAUUGGUGUAGACAAAGAUGUGGAGAGAUGCUUGUCAAUGUGUGUGGUGGAGAGAAUGAGGGGGAUCAUAUGCAAUUUGAUUAGACAGUCGAAUCAGCGGGUUGAUUGCGAAAAAUCGAGACACUACACUGUUUCUACAUCUGAUGUGAAGCAAGAAAUUAUGAUUCUCAACAAGAAAGCUAGGGAAGAGUUGCUGGAAAAGGCUCAGAAGCUUAAUGAAGCUAAGGUUAGCAGUAACGGAUUUGACGGUGUUAAGGAUAAACAUGACGAUGGAGAAGACAAAAUGAGGAGAAGUACAGCAGCAGCAAAUGUUGCUGCCCUUGCUGCUCUUGGAGGACAUGACAUAUUGGCGAAAUGGAAACUUAAGGCGGAUCAGCUAUCCCGAGAGAAGCGUCGAGGUAAAGAUGUAAACCCCAAGGCUACAUCAACUGUUGGAAGAACAAUAGAAGCGGAGAAAAGGGGCGGUGUAGAAGCUAUGGUGUCUGCAGCUGGGAGUGCUGUUGGAAAGUUUGGGAGGAAUUGCCAAGUUAUGAUGAUGCCUCAAACAAAGGUGGCUAGUACUCGUAGUACAUCUGUCAAGGAUGUGAUUGCUGUUCUGGAAAAGGAACCUCAGACGUCCAAGUCUACUUUGAUAUAUUUGCUAAUGAACACUGCAGCCGGUGAAUAAUCUGAAACUGCUAUACACUAUUGUGUAUGAGAGAUUCCUAGAGCUAGGGUAGUCUUUAAACUGUUAAUAUCAGCUCCUCGAUCUUCAUUACCUGCAGAAUGGCUGUUUGGAGUUCCUAGGAUCAAUUUCUUUAAGCAAGAAAAUAUGUCGUAGAUAUUGAGCACACAUAUAAGCUAGGCUUUUUGAUCCUUGGGUAGAUUGAGAACAAGAUUUAAUAGUUUCUGUGCAAACAUUAGUAGGACGAAAGGUGAAGUCGUGUAUUUCGAAUACUUUUUCUUCAAACUAUUGUUAUUGUUGCUUUUUCUUUCCUUUCAGUUUACUAUCCUAUCAAAACAUAUUGACUUUGAAAACCUGAGAUACACCUACAAGCCUCUGUUUGUAGGCGCAAACAAUCUCUACUUUUCUAAUUAAUUGCUAUUCAUACCUUCAGUUUUGCGGUUUUACCAUAUCUCAAGGAGAGAGAGAAGUAAUUUUGGUUGAGGGGGGAUUCAGACCCAAAAAAGCAGAGAACAGAGACAUGAAAAAUUUGGUGAACAUGUUUGUACUUAAUAGGACUCUUGUUUGGAAUAGAUACAUAUUAUUAUACAUAAUAUUAAAGAUGGAUGCACUGUUCAUCCCUGUUCAUCACUGUUUAUAAAGAUGGAUGCACUGUUCAUCACUGUUUAUGUAACAGUGGAAUGACGGUUUUGCCCCCAAGUUUUAACAAAAAUUCCAAUCUGUCUUUUUUUUUUUUUUUUUUUUU